AUGUCCCGGCCGACAGUCCACCACGACCACUUCAUCGUCUCCUACCCCCAGGAACACGUCGUGCAAGUAACAAUCAACCGCCCCGACAAGCUCAACUGCAUCAACCAAGCCACCAGCCGGCAAAUCGCCCAGGUCUGGGACGACCUCGACGCUGACCCGACGCUCUGGGUGGGUAUCAUUACGGGACGCGGCCGGGCUUUUUGCACGGGUGCCGACCUGCACGAAUGGAACACCCUCCACACAACCUCCCAAACCAACCCCAUGACCGCCCCCGGCCUCGCCGGCCUCCCCCGACGCACAGGCACCAAACCCAUCCUCGCAGCCGUCAACGGUCUCUGUCUCGGCGGCGGUUUCGAGAUGGUCUCCAACUGUGACAUUGUGCUCGCCAGUUCGGCAGCCGUGUUUGCGCUGCCUGAGGUCCAGCGGGGGAUUGCGCCUGUUGCUGGGUGUAUGCCGCGGUUGGCGCGGACCCUGGGGUUGCAGAGGACUAUGGAAUUGGUGCUUACGGGGAGGAAGGUGGAUGCGCGGACCAUGGGGGCGUGGGGGUUGGUUUCGAGGGUUGUGGAUGAGCCUGACAACUCGAAAAGUCACACCGGUAAAGAGGGUGGGAACGGAGGAAACGGAGAAAGUGCAGUGGUGGACGCAGCGCUGGAAUUAGCCCGGGAUAUCUGCCGGAACAGCCCGGACGCGCUCAUCGUGGGCCGGGUGGGGGUGCGCAUGGCCUGGGAAGACGGCGAUGUGGAGGCUGCCGUGACGAAGCUGGAGACGGAGUGGUAUCCUCGGCUGGUGCGGGGGGCCAACUUUGGGGAGGGGAUCCGGGCGUUUGUGGAAAAGCGGCCGCCGAGGUGGUUGGAUCCGAAGUUGUGA